AUGGAGCCGUCCGGCAUGGACGAAGACAGGGCGAGGUUCUUCGAGGAGGCCAUCGUGCAGGCGAAGCGCGAGUACGAUGCCAACAACAACGACGCGCAGGCCCUGACGCGGUGGGGAGGCGCGCUGCUCGAGCUGGCGCACUUCCAGAGGGGAGACGAGGGCUUCCACGUGAUCGACGAGGCCAUCCAGAAGCUAGAGCAGGCCUUGAAGAUCGAGCCCCGGAAACACAAUGCCUUGUGGUGUCUCGGCAACGCUUUCACUUCGAAGGGCUUCCUGAUUUCUGGUGACUCACAGAAAGCCCAGGAAUUUUUUGACAAGGCCUUGGAUUGCUUCAAGAAGGCUGAGUCAGAGGAGCCCAAUAAUGACAUAUACAGGAGGGCUGCCGAGGUUGCUGAAAAGGCACCAGAGAUUUAUGAGGAGCUCCAACGACAGCUGGCUGCAGACAGAGCGGGCGAGGAAAUCGGGCCAGCCGUGGGCAAAUACGCAGAAGCAGGCUCACGCAAGCCAAGGGGGGCCCCGACAGAUGACGCCGCGUCCGAUUUCUGGUGGGACGCAGCAGGAUGGGGUCUGCUCUUCACGAUUGGCGUGACUUGGCUGCUGUACCUCCAGAAGGGCGCUCCGCAGAAGUAG